AAGGACAGCUUCAUUACCCCAUCCACCCAUCCAAUUAGGAGCCAGAUGGCGCUUCUGGCCAAUCAAAUCAUGGAUGCAAGGAUUCUCAGCAGUAUGAAUGGGAGAGUAGAGCUUUCCCAGUUCUUGAGAGUCACGAGUCAAAGCAUUGUCUCCCAGGUAAGUUCUGCCCAGGAUGACAACCGUAAGAACAGGAAGUAUCCCUGCCCGUUGUGUGGAAAGCGGUUCCGCUUUAACAGCAUCCUUUCCCUUCACAUGCGCACACACACUGGUGAGAAGCCCUUCAAGUGCCCAUACUGUGAUCACAGGGCUGCACAGAAGGGCAACCUGAAGAUACACCUCCGUACGCACAAGCAAGGCAUUCUGGGUAAAGGUCGUGGGAGGAUUAGAGAGGAGAACAGAUUGCUUCACGAACUUGAGGAAAGGGCGAUACUAAGAGACAGGCAGAUGCGAGCUGGUCAUGUUAGUCAACAGCAAACGCCUACAUUAAACCAACUUCAAAAGCCCCUGAUGCAGACUGUCCUGACGCAGCCUCAGUUUUUAAGCAAUCCUGUGGCAGAGAGCCAGCCCCGUGCAUCCACUUCUCCUAAGAUGAACGCAGUCCAUGAUGAGUCCAUCAAGCCCCAGCCCACAGGCUUCCGCUGUUCAUUCUGUAAAGGGAAGUUCAGAAAGCAGCAGGAGCUCGAGCGCCACAUCAGGAUCCUACACAAACCCUACAAAUGCACCUUGUGUGAGUUUGCUGCCUCACACGAGGAGGAGCUCAUUGGCCAUGUUGAGACAACACAUAUAACUGCUGAUUCAGGCUCAGGACAAAAGCCUGCUAUGGGGGCCGGUGACAAAGGGAAGCCCGUUGGUGAAUUCCCUUGUGAGGUAUGUGGUCAGACCUUCAGCCAGGCCUGGUUCCUGAAGGGUCACAUGAGGAAACACAAGGACUCUUUUGAGCACUGCUGUCAAAUUUGUGGUCGUCGUUUCAAAGAACCCUGGUUUCUCAAGAACCACAUGAAGGUCCACCUCAAUAAGCUGGCUGCUAAGAGUAAUCUCCCUGAUGACACCUCUGUUAACAUGAGUAACCUAACACCAGACCAUCAGAGCAGCCUCUACUCUCAGUACAUCUCCCGUAUUCACAACAGGUUCCUGACAGCUGAGAGAGCUGACCAGCCUGAUUAUAACCAGAUACUCGCCACAGCAGGUGCUGACAUGAAGGUUAGAGAGAUGUUAGGAAGGAUGAUUUCCUCUACUCCAGGCCCUCUGACAGAUUCCGAAAGCUCCGCAUUGUUGGCUUUAAAUCAUCUCCACCCUCCGCUGAGCUCCACUAGCAUGGAAUAUCUGCAGAAAGUCCUCUCUGACAGAGAGGCACACAACAGCAGCAGCAGCUACCAAGGCUGGCAGAUCAUGGCAUCAGGGCUGCCUGUAGAACGGCAAAUGUUUAGUCCUAAAGCCCAGCAGCAGUGCUCCACCUACCUGCCUGAGAGAUGUCUCCCUCUAGAUGAUGGGAAAGUGUGUCUUGGUGACCCAGACACCAAGGCCAGCAGCAGACCUGGUAGCCCAGGCAGCAUGAGUCAUCAUGGGCCAACAGAGAUGAUCAGAGAGACGGGGAGCUCCCACUCUGGCAGUGCACUGGACCAUCGACCACAGUCGUCUUCUCCAGGAGGUGAGAAAGUCUACAGGUGUCCAGUCUCCAGCGACUACACCUCUGCACAGACGCCCUCCCUUGGCUUCCAUCUGGAUAGUUACCACUUCUCCCACUGGCAGAACAGCAGGGAUCUUUCUUCUCCACUGCAGCCCACCACCAGCAGCAGCAGCUCCAGCCCCAGCCCCAACCCCAAACUCAGACCCAGAUCCAGGGAAGACUGGAGCCCUGCUGGAGGUCACUACCUCGGCCUGGAGAACCACAGUGAAAACCCCCUGAUCAUCAACAAGCAGUCCGACCUCACUGACAAAGAUGCAGGGGUAGAAGGUUCUUUAUCUGCUCAAACCAGAAAGUCUCAGUAUGAGCCCUUAGAUUUGUCUGUCAGGCCAGAGUCUGUCACACCUCAUUCAGCCAUGUCUCCCGCUGUGCUGGUACAGAUGUCUGGUGUUUUUAGUAAUGGACUCUCCUCCUCCAUUUCUCGCCGGUUACAAAGUUACUCUGCUGCCGCGGCUCAACUCGGUGUGAAUCCUGCAUACCAGUGUGACCUUUUGGUGGAGGGAACAAAAGAAGAGAUGAACGCACAGAAUGCAAGCUCCACAUGUCACAAUGGUGAUGUUGAAUUUGAGAAAUCUGAGCAUGGGAGGGCGGACAAAAAAGAUGAUGAUGCCAAGUGGAAGAUAAUGAAAAAUAAUGUCUUGGAACCAGAGGAGCUGGGACAGGCCAGCGCUGAUUUCCAGGGUCCUGGCGAGAAAAAGCAUGACAAGCCGGGCCCUUGGGGCAAAGCUAUGACUGACUCUCCCGUCUCCUCUCUGGAGAACUUGACUCCAGGACAGGCUGAUCCACUCCAGCAUCAAGGCGGCCUGUUCUCCUUCCUCAGAUCCCAGGGGAACCUGAGCAGUGCACCUGCCAGCGCACAGAAAGCCAGUUUGAAUGGUGGGGGGAGUAUGGAGAAAGAUGUUGCUUCAGCUCGGAAGCCAUUCCAGUGCAGAUACUGCCCCUACAGUGCAUCCCAGAAGGGCAACCUGAAGACCCACGUCCUCUGUGUCCACCGCAAGCCCUUUGACAACAGCCUCUACCCUGACCGCCGCCUCCGACGUUCACACCCGCCCCAGAGGCUCUCCGUAUUGCCUCAGAGCAUAACAGGAGAUGACCACGUGCCAGGGACAGACCAGAUCAGCAUGACAUCACUCUGUGGGACUUGAUGUUGUCAUGGCAACAGCAGAUACAGACAGUUACAAUUAUUGUUUUAGCUUCACCUCAACGGAGUUAGGAUGAUUGAGAUUGUAAAAAAAAAAAGAAAGAAAGAAAACAUUAACAACCAACCUUGAUGUACAUUCCAGUGUUUACUUGAAGAGCCACAGUAUGUAUUUAUCUGUAGCAAAAGAAGCUGCCUAUAAUAACAAUAAAGUCCAUUGUGAUGUGAAGGUGUA